CCCACCGAAGGCCCACUACUCGGCAGAGCGGCUACCUAUCUGAAAAAAAAAGCUAGACUGAGAGAGGCGUCGCCUCGACCAGACAUUGUGCCAAAAACACACCGUGCCGCCUCCCAUCUGCAUCCACGCCGCCGGCGCCGGCGCGGCGCUACCCUUCGCCUCUUCUUCCGCGUCGCCCCCCUCCCUCCGCCUCCGGUGGCUGCUCCCUCGGGCCGUCGUCUCCGGCCUCCGCGCGACCGCGCUGCCCCCUCCGGCCCCUCCGCCGCGGAGGAGCUGGUCGAGCCCGCCUCACAGUUUAUCAUGACAGGAAUGGUUACAGAAUUGGACAAGCCAGGAGCAGAAAUCGCAGACAACUCCACAAAAAAGAGAAGGACAUGCAGGGUAGCUGACGAUGAAGGUUCCCCUGUACCAGAGUUGCAUAGGAAAAAGGCCAGUAAAAAUGCUGUGGAAACAAUGUCAUCUGCAAGUGAAUUGAGCAAGGAACCUGUUGGGAAACAAUCAAUGACAGAAGAAAGACCACAACCAACUGGUGAUAGUUACGAGGAACUAUCUUCAGAUAGUAUUGAAAAGAAUACAGAUAGAAUAUUAGCAGAUGAAGCAGAUAAAGAAACCAACUCAGUCGACCAUUCACUGCAGCAAGCCGAAGAACAGAACCAACUACACGAUAAUGUGGAAAACAAUGAAAUGGUAAACAGGAACCCCAGUGAAAGUGAUUCAGACAGCAGCUCAGGGAGCGACUCAGACAGUGAACUAGGGAAAUACUUUUAUCCUAAAUUUGAGGAAUUGGAGGCUGCAAGAAAACCAGAACCUGGAAUGAAGUUUCAAACCCUCGAAGAUGCAAACGGAUUCUAUAGUACUUAUGCUCUCCUGACUGGUUUUGUGGCAAAGCGAAAUUCAAAUUACAGGAGACAGAAGUAUCACAUAGAGUGCAACAGGAGUGGCAAACCAACACCAGCUCGGAACCCAAACAGGAAGAGGAAAAUAAAUUCCUUUGAGAGGACAAAUUGCCAAGCGAAGGUGAUAGUGAAGCUCACUAAGGGACAAUGGGAGUUCGCAACUGUUCGGAAUGAGCACAACCAUCCGCUAUCUCCAAACCCUUCCCUCGCAAGAUUUUUCCUGAGCCAGAAACACAUGUCAAGUGAGGAAAAGUCAUUUCUAAAAGUUCUGCAGCAAAGUAAGAUACCUCCCAAUAAAAUUCUGAGGAUUUUUAGGAGAAUGAGAAGUAGUUUUGGAAAUAUAUCAUUCAAGAAACAAGAUCCAGUCAGUUCUGUGAGAAGCAGUUCUGAAAACAUACCAUCCAAGAAAAAAGAUCCAAUCAGUUUACAGUGUACAGAACAACGGAAAACAGAAAACUCAGAUGUUGAAAGUGCGUUGAAGCACUUAAAAGAAUUGGAGCUGCGGAACCCAAGUUUUUUCUACAUCAAGCAAACAGAUGAAGACAACAUAGUCCGCAGUAUUUUCUGGACUGAUGCGAGGUCAAGGAUGGAUUAUAAUAUUUUUGGAGAUUUCAUCUCGGUUGAUACAACUUACACCACAAAUAGGCAUAAUUUGCCUGUUGCUACCAUUACUGGGAUAAAUAACCAUGGGAGAACUCUCUUGUUAGGAUGUGCCCUGCUACGCGAUGGGAGAGCUGAAACCUUCAAAUGGAUGUUCCAAACACUUUUGCAAGUGCUGGGAGGAAAAAUACCAGGAUCAAUCAUUACAAACCAGGAUGAACCCCUAGGAAGAGCAAUUGCAGAGGUCCUGCCACAGGUAAGGCUCAGGUUUUGGAAAUGUGAUGUAAUGGGUAAAGCACAUGAAAGGAUAGCAGCCUUCAUGGCAGCAAGAGGCAACAUAAAAUUAGAGCUGGAUAGCUUAGUUGACAACUCACUGACGGAAAUGGAAUUUGAAGAAGGAUGGAGUUCACUUAUUGAGAGAUACGAUGCAAGUAAAAAUGAGUACCUACAAUUCAUGUGGCGGAUAAGGAAAAUCUGGGCGCCUGUUUAUUUCAGACAAGAUUUCUAUCCAUUUGCCGAAUCACUUGGACGUGGUGAAGGUAUGAACAUCGUAUUAUUCCGAAACUAUGUGCUUCCAAAGGACAGAAUAGAGAAGUUCAUCGAAAGAUACGAGGAGAUACAGAAGACGACACUAAAAACGGAUGACGAAGAUAGACGGCAAGCAGGAACUGUACCUUCAUGCUUCUCAUUGCAGCCAAUAGAAAAGCAUUCAUCUACUAUUUACACCAGGCAGAUAUUCCUGAAAGUGCAGAGAGAACUACUCCAUUCUACGGCGUUCGACGUGCACGUGGUAAAGAAAGGGUCUGUGUACCGACUGGAGAGGGUCUUCAACUACGAGAACCCAGAGUUUGAUAGAAAUGCCUUUGAAGUGUUUGUUGAUCCUGUCAGCAACACAUUCAUAUGCCAAUGCGCAAAGUUUGCCAGAGAUAGAUUACUGUGCUGCCACAUAUUCAGGCUUUUCACGCAGCUUGGAAUCAACGAAAUACCCGGGCAAUACAUCGUCCCCAGAUGGACCGACAAAUUCAAGGAAGAGAAGGCGAAGCAGUACACGGAGAAAUGCCUAGAGAAGGCAGACAGCACAGCGAGAUACGAAAUGUUGAUGAGCAAAAUGGCCGACCUCAGCAAGAAGAUAUGCAGCGAUGGCACGAAAUGCAACGCAUUCAUGCUUGAGUUCGACAGUAUUCAAGAGAAACUGCUAGCAACAGACGGAGAAAAUCCUCGCGACAAUGACAACUGUAUGGAGAUUAUUACUACCAGCUAGCUUGUUCAGCCUAGGUAAGUAAGUUAGAGAUUCAGGAGAACUGGACAGUCAAUGUGUUGGUGGUAGAGUUUAUGAGUUUAUUUGCGCCAGCAGUUCAUUGAGUUUAUUUGUGCCAGCAGUUCACUGUGGCCUAAUCAUACUGACUUUCAUCAGAGGAUUUGCUGCCCUUGAUCAUACAACUUGGUCUCGUCUGAAAAUGUCAUGGCAACUGAUUAUCAAGAAUCCUUUGCCUUCAUGAAUAGCUCUCCAUGCAUGUGAGGGUUUACUUCCCCAGUUCAUGAAUAGCUCUUCGUCCAUGUCGAGGAGAUCGGUGUUCCUGGACAGUAUUCAUAUCCCAUCUCCUCGUACUCUGGUCAAUUAGUUUACAAAGCAUCGGCAAAGUCAGCUGCUUUGUAGACUUCUGGCAACUGGACCUGUUUGAGUGUGGUCACAUGCUAUACAGUUUUUGUUGUUCAUGUUGGUUGCUUUGCUCUGAAAAAGGCUUAAAACCUUGUGUCCAAUUUUCAAGCAUGGUCCUUAAGAAUUAGAUUGGGCAGACGUGCUUCUCGUCACCUAUGUCUUUUAACUCGGAAGCUUAUGUUGUUGCAAGACUUGUUGAGAAACGCAAGGUUUUGGCAAUGGCCGGGGUGCUA